CUUCGGGCGGCGGCUGAGGCGGCGGCCGAGGAGCAGCAGCCUUGGGGUGCGGGGAGUCGAGUCAUCUAAACUUGAACUCCGGGGCGUGGCGCCAGGCCGUGAGCCGCAGAAGCGGGAGCAGGGGAGGAGAAAGUGGGACUCCUCUGUCGGGACCCCCUCCCCAUGUGGAGCUGCCCGGGUGGCAGCGGCGGAGGAGGAGGCGACCGAGAAGAUGCCUGCCGUGCGCCCCGCGCCGCUGUGGGCGCUGCUGGCUCUCUGGCUGUGCCUCGCGGUCCCCGCGCGUGCAUUGCAGUGUCGGGAUGGUUAUGAGCCCUGUGUAAAUGAAGGAAUGUGUGUUACCUACCACAAUGGCACAGGAUACUGCAAAUGUCCAGAGGGCUUCUUAGGAGAAUAUUGUCAACAUCGAGACCCCUGUGAGAAGAACCGCUGCCAGAAUAGCGGGACCUGUGUGGCCCAGGCCAUGUUGGGGAAAGCUACAUGCCUUUGUGCCCCAGGGUUCACAGGGGAGGACUGCCAGUACUCAACCUCUAACCCCUGCCUUGUGUCUAGAGGAACACAAGGAGGAACCUGUCUGAAUGGAGGAACCUGCCACAUGCUCAGCCCAGAUACCUAUGAGUGCAUCUGCCAAGUUGGUUUUACAGGUAAGCUGUGCCAAUGGACUGAUGCCUGCCUGUCUCAUCCCUGUGCAAAUGGAAGUACCUGUACCACAGUGGCUAACCUGUUCUCCUGCAAAUGCCUCUCAGGCUUCACAGGGCAGAAGUGUGAGACUGAUGUCAAUGAGUGUGACAUUACAGGACUCUGUCAGCAUGGUGGCACCUGCCUCAACCUGCCUGGCUCCUACCAGUGUCAGUGCCCCCAGGGCUUCACAGGCCAGCACUGUGACAGCCCCUAUGUGCCCUGUGCGCCCUCUCCCUGUGUCAAUGGAGGCACCUGCCGGCAAACUGGUGACUUCACUUUUGAGUGCAAUUGCCUUCCAGGUUUUGAAGGGAGCACUUGUGAGUGGAAUAUUGAUGACUGCCCUAAACACAAGUGUCAGAAUGGAGGGGUUUGUGUGGACGGGGUUAAUACAUACAAUUGCCGCUGCCCCCCUCAGUGGACAGGGCAGUUCUGCACAGAGGAUGUGGACGAGUGUCUACUGCAACCCAAUGCCUGUCAGAAUGGGGGCACCUGUACCAACCGCAAUGGGGGCUACGGCUGUGUGUGUGUCAAUGGCUGGAGUGGAGACGACUGCAGUGAGAACAUUGAUGACUGUGCCUUCGCCUCCUGCACUCCAGGGUCCACCUGCAUUGACCGUGUGGCCUCCUUCUCUUGCAUGUGUCCAGAGGGAAAAGCAGGUCUCUUGUGUCAUCUGGAUGAUGCAUGCAUCAGCAAUCCUUGCCACAAGGGGGCACUGUGUGAUACCAACCCCCUGAAUGGACAGUAUAUUUGCACCUGCCCCCAGGGAUACAAAGGGGCUGACUGCACAGAAGAUGUGGAUGAGUGUGCCUUGGCCAAUAGCAAUCCUUGUGAGCAUGCAGGAAAAUGUGUGAAUACAGAUGGCGCCUUCCACUGCGAGUGUCUGAAGGGCUAUACAGGGCCUCGUUGCGAAAUGGACAUCAACGAGUGCCAUUCAGACCCCUGCCAGAACGAUGCCACCUGUCUGGAUAAGAUUGGAGGCUUCACGUGUCUGUGCAUGCCAGGUUUCAAAGGUGUGCAUUGUGAACUGGAGAUAAACGAAUGUCAGAGCAACCCUUGUGUGAACAAUGGACAAUGUGUGGAUAAAGUGAAUCGCUUCCAGUGUCUGUGUCCACCUGGUUUUACGGGACCAGUAUGCCAGAUUGAUAUUGAUGACUGUUCCAGUACUCCGUGUCUGAAUGGGGCAAAGUGUAUUGAUCACCCGAAUGGCUACGAAUGCCAGUGUGCCACAGGCUUCACUGGUGUGUUGUGUGAGGAGAACAUUGACAACUGUGACCCUGAUCCUUGCCACCAUGGUCAGUGCCAGGAUGGCAUCGACUCCUAUACUUGCAUCUGCAAUCCUGGCUACAUGGGUGCCAUCUGCAGUGACCAGGUUGAUGAGUGCUACAGCAGCCCUUGCCUGAAUGAUGGUCGGUGCAUUGACCUGGUCAAUAGCUACCAGUGCAACUGCCAGCCGGGCACGUCAGGAGUUAAUUGUGAGAUUAAUUUUGAUGACUGUGCCAAUAACCCUUGUGUCCAUGGAGUCUGUAUGGAUGGCAUUAAUCGCUACAGUUGUGUCUGCUCACCAGGAUUCACAGGGCAGAGAUGUAACAUUGACAUUGAUGAAUGUGCCUCCAAUCCCUGUCGCAAAGGAGCAACUUGCAUCAACGAUGUGAAUGGUUUCCGUUGUAUAUGCCCUGAGGGGCCCCAUCACCCCAGCUGCUACUCACAGGUGAAUGAGUGCCUGAGCAAUCCCUGCAUCCAUGGAAACUGUACCGGGGGCCUCAGUGGAUAUAAGUGCCUCUGUGAUGCAGGCUGGGUUGGCAUCAACUGUGAACUGGACAAAAAUGAAUGUCUUUCCAACCCAUGCCAGAAUGGAGGAACUUGUGACAAUCUGGUGAAUGGAUACAGGUGUACUUGCAAGAAGGGCUUUAAAGGGCACAACUGCCAGGUGAAUAUUGAUGAAUGUGCUUCAAAUCCGUGCCUGAACCAAGGAACCUGCUUUGAUGACAUCAGUGGCUACACUUGCCACUGUAUGCUGCCAUACACAGGCAAGAAUUGUCAGACUUUAUUGGCUCCCUGUUCCCCAAACCCGUGUGAGAAUGCUGCUGUUUGCAAAGAGGCACCAAAUUUUGAGAGUUACACCUGCUUGUGUGCUCCUGGCUGGCAAGGUCAGCGAUGUACAAUUGACAUUGAUGAGUGUAUCUCCAAGCCUUGCCUGAACCACGGUCUCUGCCAUAACACCCAGGGCAGCUACAUGUGUGAGUGUCCUCCAGGCUUCAGUGGUAUGGACUGUGAGGAGGACAUCGAUGACUGCCUUGCCAAUCCUUGCCAGAAUGGAGGUUCCUGUGUGGAUGGAGUGAAUACUUUCUCCUGCCUCUGCCUUCCGGGCUUCGUUGGGGAUAAGUGCGAGACAGACAUGAAUGAAUGUCUGAGUGAACCCUGUAAGAAUGGAGGGACCUGCUCUGACUAUGUCAACAGUUACACUUGCAAGUGCCAGGCGGGAUUUGAUGGAGUCCACUGUGAGAACAACAUCGAUGAGUGCACUGACAGCUCCUGUUUCAAUAGUGGCACAUGUGUCGAUGGGAUUAAUUCCUUCUCUUGCUUGUGCCCUGUGGGUUUCACUGGUCCCUUCUGCGUCCACAAGAUCGAUGAAUGCAACUCUCAUCCAUGCCUGAAUGAGGGAACAUGUAUUGAUGGCCUGGGUACCUACCGCUGCAUCUGCUCCUUGGGCUAUACUGGGAAAAACUGUCAGACCCUGGUGAACCUCUGCAGUCGGUCUCCAUGUAAGAACAAAGGUGCUUGUGUUCAGGAAAAAGCAGAGUCCCGGUGCCUGUGUCCACCUGGAUGGGCUGGUGCUUACUGUGAUGUGCCCAAUGUCUCCUGUGAGGUGGCUGCCUCCCGCAGAGGUGUACCUGUUGACCACCUGUGCCUGCAUUCAGGCAUCUGUAUCAGUGCUGGAAACACACAUCACUGCCAGUGCCCCCUGGGCUACACUGGGAGCUACUGCGAGGAGCAGCUUGAUGAAUGCGCGUCCAACCCCUGCCAGCAUGGGGCCACUUGCAGCGACUUCAUUGGUGGAUACAGAUGUGAGUGUGUCCCAGGAUAUCAAGGUGUCAACUGUGAGUAUGAAGUGGAUGAGUGCCAGAAUCAGCCAUGCCAGAAUGGAGGCACUUGUAUCGACCUUGUGAACCAUUUCAAGUGCUCCUGCCCACCAGGAACUCGGGGCCUACUUUGUGAAGAGAACAUUGAUGACUGUGCCAGGGGUCCCCGUUGCCUUAAUGGUGGUCAGUGUGUGGAUAGGAUUGGGGGCUACACUUGUCGCUGCUUGCCUGGCUUUGCUGGGGAGCGGUGUGAGGGGGACAUCAAUGAGUGCCUCUCCAACCCCUGCAGCUCUGAGGGCAGCCUGGACUGCAUACAGCUUACCAAUGACUACCUGUGUGUCUGCCGCAGUGCCUUCACUGGCCGUCACUGUGAAACCUUCAUGGAUGUGUGUCCCCAGAUGCCUUGCCUGAAUGGAGGGACUUGUGCUGUGGCCCGCAACAUGCCUGAUGGCUUCAUUUGUCAUUGUUCCCCGGGAUUCUCUGGGGUAAGAUGCCAGAGCAGCUGUGGACAAGUGAAGUGUAGGAGAGGGGAGCAGUGUGUGCAUACUGCCUCAGGACCCCGCUGCUUCUGCGCCAACCCCCCAGACUGUGAAUCAGGCUGUGCCAGUAGCCCUUGCCAGCACGGGGGUAGCUGCUACCCUCAGCGCCAGCCUCCUUACUACUCUUGCCAGUGUGCUCCACUGUUUUGGGGCAGCCACUGUGAACACUACACAGCCCCCACCAGCACCACCCCUGCCACCUGCCUGAGCCAGUACUGUGCUGACAAAGCUCGGGAUGGCGUCUGCGAUGAGGCCUGCAACAGCCAUGCCUGCCAGUGGGAUGGGGGUGACUGCUCCCUCACCAUGGAGGACCCCUGGGCCAACUGCUCCUCCCCACUUCCCUGCUGGGAUUACAUCAACAACCAGUGUGAUGAGCUGUGCAACACGGCCGAAUGCCUGUUCGACAACUUCGAGUGCCAAGAUAAUAGCAAGACAUGCAAGUAUGACAGAUACUGUGCAGACCACUUCAAAGACAACCACUGUGACCAGGGAUGCAACAGUGAGGAGUGUGGCUGGGAUGGGCUGGACUGUGCUGCUGACCGGCCCGAGAACCUGGCAGAGGGUACCCUGGUUAUUGUAGUGUUGAUGCCACCUGAACAACUGCUUGAGGAUGCUCGCAGCUUCUUGAGGGCACUGGGCACGCUGCUCCACACCAACCUGAAUAUUAAACGAGACUCCCAGGGGAAACCUAUGGUAUACCCCUAUUAUGGUGAGAAGUCAGCUGCUAUGAAAAAGCAGAGGAUGACCCGCAGGUCCCUUCCUGAUGAACAAGAACAGGAAGUAGUUGGCUCCAAGGUAUUUCUGGAAAUUGACAACCGUCAGUGUGUUCAAGACUCAGACCAAUGCUUCAAGAACACGGAUGCAGCAGCAGCUCUCCUGGCUUCUCACGCCAUCCAGGGGACCCUGUCCUACCCUCUUGUGUCUGUUGUCAGUGAAUCCCUGAUUCCAAAACCUACUCAGCUCCUCUACCUACUUGCUGUUGCUGUUGUCAUCAUUCUGUUUAUCAUCCUGCUGGGGGUAAUCAUGGCUAAACGAAAGCGUAAGCAUGGCUCCCUCUGGCUGCCUGAAGGUUUCACCCUUCGCCGAGACUCCAGCAAUCACAAGCGUCGUGAGCCGGUGGGACAGGAUGCCGUGGGGCUGAAAAAUCUCUCAGUGCAAGUCUCAGAGGCUAACCUUAUUGGCUCUGGAACAAGCGAACAUUGGAUCGAUGAUGAAGGGCCUCAGCCAAAGAAAGCCAAGGCUGAAGAUGAGGCUUUGCUCUCGGAAGGAGAUGACCCCAUUGAUAGACGCCCAUGGACACAACAGCACCUUGAAGCUGCAGACAUCCGUAGGACACCAUCACUGGCUCUCACUCCUCCUCGGGCAGAGCAGGAGGUGGAUGUGCUGGACGUGAACGUCCGGGGCCCAGAUGGGUGCACCCCACUGAUGUUGGCUUCUCUCCGAGGAGGCAGCUCAGAUGUGAGUGAUGAAGAUGAAGAUGCAGAGGACUCUUCUGCCAACAUCAUCACAGACUUAGUCUACCAGGGUGCCAGCCUGCAGGCUCAGACAGACCGGACUGGUGAGAUGGCCCUACACCUCGCAGCCCGCUACUCGAGGGCAGAUGCAGCCAAACGCCUCCUAGAUGCAGGUGCAGAUGCCAAUGCUCAGGACAACAUGGGCCGCUGCCCUCUCCAUGCUGCAGUGGCAGCUGAUGCCCAAGGUGUCUUCCAGAUUCUGAUCCGUAACCGAGUAACUGAUCUAGAUGCCAGGAUGAAUGAUGGUACCACUCCCCUGAUCCUGGCUGCCCGCCUGGCUGUGGAGGGCAUGGUGGCAGAGCUGAUCAACUGCCAAGCAGAUGUGAAUGCAGUGGAUGACCAUGGAAAAUCUGCUCUUCACUGGGCAGCUGCUGUCAAUAAUGUGGAGGCGACUCUUCUGCUGUUGAAAAAUGGGGCCAACCGAGACAUGCAGGAUAACAAGGAAGAGACACCUCUGUUUCUUGCUGCCCGGGAGGGGAGCUACGAAGCAGCCAAGAUCCUGUUAGACCAUUUUGCCAAUCGAGACAUCACGGACCACAUGGAUCGUCUUCCCCGGGAUGUGGCUCGGGAUCGCAUGCACCACGACAUUGUGCGCCUCCUGGAUGAGUACAACGUAACACCAAGCCCUCCAGGCAGUGUGCUGACAUCUGCUCUCUCACCUGUCAUCUGUGGGCCCAACAGGUCUUUCCUCAGUUUGAAGCACACCCCAAUCGGCAAGAAGCCUAGACGGCCCAAUGCCAAGAGCACCGUGCCCACUAGCCUCCCUAACCUUGUCAAGGAGACCAAGGAUGCGAAGGGUAGUAGGAGGAAGAAGUCUCUGAGUGAGAAGGUCCAGCUGUCUGAGAGCUCAGUGACUUUAUCCCCUGUUGAUUCUCUAGAGUCUCCUCACACAUAUGUUUCUGACACCACAUCCUCUCCAAUGAUCACAUCCCCCGGAAUCUUGCAGGCCUCCCCCAACCCUCUGUUGGCCACUGCUGCCCCCACUGCCCCAGUCCAUGCACAGCAUGCACUGUCUUUCUCUAACCUUCAUGAAAUGCAGCCUUUGGCUCAUGGGGCCAGCACUGUGCUUCCCUCUGUGAGCCAGCUGCUAUCUCACCACCACAUUGUCCCCCCAGGCAGUGGCAGUGCGGGGAGCUUGGGUAGGCUCCAUCCAGUCACCAUCCCAGCAGAUUGGAUGAACCGCAUGGAGAUGAAUGAGACCCAAUACAAUGAGAUGUUUGGUAUGGUCCUGGCUCCAGCUGAGGGCACCCACCCUGGCAUAGGUCCCCAGAGCAGGCCACCUGAAGGGAAGCAUGUAGCCACCCCACGGGAGCCCUUGCCCCCCAUUGUGACUUUCCAGCUCAUCCCUAAAGGCAGUGUUGCCCAACCAGCUGGGGCUCCCCAGCCUCAGUCCAACUGCCCUCCAGCUAUUGCAGGCCCCCUGCCCACUAUGUAUCAGAUUCCAGAAAUGGCCCGCUUGCCCAGUGUGGCUUUCCCCACUGCAGUGAUGCCCCAGCAGGAUGGGCAGGGAGCUCAGACCCUUCUCCCAGCCUAUCAUCCUUUCACAGCCUCAGUGGGCAAGUAUCCCACACCCCCUUCACAGCAUAGUUAUGCUUCCUCAAAUGCUGCUGAGCGAACCCCCAGUCACAGUGGUCACCUCCAGGGAGAGCAUCCCUACCUGACACCAUCCCCAGAGUCUCCUGACCAGUGGUCAAGUUCAUCACCCCACUCUGCUUCCGACUGGUCAGAUGUGACCACCAGCCCUACCCCUGGGGGUGCUGGAGGAGGUCAGCGGGGGCCUGGGACUCACAUGGCUGAGCCACCACACAGCAACAUGCAGGUGUAUGCGUGAAAGUGUCUGCCCCCAGUGCAGGGGCAGAACUGACUAUUGUAAAUGCUGCUGAAUAACAAAUGAAGGUCAUCCGGGAGAGAAAUGAAGAAAUCUCUGAAACCAGCUCUUGGAGGCAGGAGAGAGAAGAUGCUCUUAUCUUUCAGAUAAUGCAAGAGAAGCAGUUCAUCAGCUUCACUGGGUAUCUGCAGGGUUUUUCUUGGGGGGACAUGGUUCCUUCAAAUCUCUUGCCCAUCAAGCCAAGUUCAUGGAAAUACAAGAUGAAUACAAGCCUUGGGACCAUGUUUACUCUCUUCUACUUGGAGAAGAUGAAUGCCCAUUGUAGCCCAGACAUUCUUGCAGCUUGGACUACAUUUUAAGCCCUGGGGGCUUCUGCCAUAUCCGUGAGAAGAUUCUACACUAGAAUCUUUUUGGUAAUUAUGCCCUGGAAUUCUGCCUGAGUUGACGUAUCUUAUCUUCUCAUCCUUGGAAAUUCUUUUGACUUCAUUUGAUGCUUUUAUUUUUGUAUCUCUCUGUGGUUGUAGCCCCACCAACAUGUUAUAGGGCAAGACCUUUGUAGUUUUAAUUAUUCCUGCCCUGGAAAGCAACUUCAGCCUCCUUUCCCCCUCCUAUUUUCUCAACAUCCCAAGGAGUCUCACAGGGUUUACUUUGGUUAUGGUUCUCAGCAUAAACCUUUCAAGUAUUUUUCUUGAGAAAGUGGACAUAUUGCAUUCUUCUAUAUAUAUAUAUAUAUUAUUCCUAGAGAGAGAAGGGGAGCAAAAUAUUUUUUUGGAGCCACUUUUGGGCAGGGGCAGGAGAGCCCUUCAAGAGGCUGCACCUUAAUUCUCUUGCCUUCGUGCAGGGCUUCAUAUAAACCUUACCAAGAAGAAAGAUACAUGUCAAAUUUUUUCUAUUUAUGGGCUUAGUGUGAAGUUUUAUCCUUAGCAGCCUAGGUACUAUGACCCUCCCCUCUUUUUUAAACCAGAAAAAGGGUUAGAAUGUCAGAAUGACCAAGAGAUAAGCUAAUUCAUUCAAGAAGCAGUUACCCACCCACAGGUCCCUCUAUUUCCUGCCAAGCAUUCCAUUGAUUGCCAGUGUGAAACACGUUCGUCCUAGAUCGUAGAACGCGAGUUCUGCUUCACUCACACAUCUGGCAGGUGAAGAUGGUCUUAGCUGUUGAGCCUUACCUUCCAUACCUCUCCACAGAAGAAAAUUUCUCAAACAAUAUACCCUUGCCAUUUCGGAAGUUUCCUCAGCUCAGGGGACCCGUGACAGUCAUCUUCCUUUAAUCGGGUGAACAGUCUCUACUUCCUGGUUCUCUUACUGGCUGCAGGCCUGUUCACAAGGCUUCCCUUCCCACUGUGUGGUGUGAGUUACUGGUGUGCCCGUUAGGUUCUCACUGAAAACGUGCAUUUUCUAUGUUCAAGUGCAAGAAGAAAGUUGGACUAGUUUUCUAGGGUCCAAGCCAGUCCUAUAAGAAGGCUGAAGAAGGAGGAACUAUGUGGCAGCCUGUGCUAUUUUCUGCCACCAUUUCUCCCUCUGAAGCAGUCACGACAUUCUCUUUUUGUUUGGUGACUAAAGUAGAAACUUUCCAGGGACAUUUUCCUUCUAGAUGAUGAUGGACAAUUACAGACUUGCUCGUCAUUGUCAUCCUGUUUUCAGAUUGUGACUGUACCUCAUCUGAAUCUGUUCUCUGUAUUCGUGAUCUCGGCAACUUCCUUGACUCUCUGUCAGGGGCCGAAGCGUUUAAGUCAACUAUAGAACAGGAAAAUCGUUUUCUUCUUCUCCCUGGGUCACUUAAUAAUUGGUCCCAUGGCCACCCUGUCACUUUAUCCAGUGCUGUGAUGCUCAUGAAACCUGGAAAAUUAGUUCUGCUGGGGCAUUUUGUAGAUAACGAUGGGUGAAUUGCCUACUCUAUUUUGGUCUGAAUGGUAGUCUUCAUUCCUGCUGUGGCUGGGGGUGUUCAUCAGUGCUUCCCACCUAUCUGAUUUAUCUGUCUGGUCACAUAUGGAAUCCCUGUGUGUCUGCUGGCAUGACAGUCUACAAAUGUUUUUUUUUUUCAGUCCUGUCCAACUUCAGUGAACCAGCAAAAAUAAUUAGUUCUGCCCUGAUAUAAGCAGAUUGUUCGCUCAUUCUGUUUUAUUCUCACAUGUGGCAACAUCCUACCAGCCCCUUUCAUAGUUUGGAAACAUUCUAUCAUUCUAAAUGUGACUCUCUACCCUCGGACCUGUUUAUUAUUUGCAGAUGGGGAGAACAUCUGCAUGGACCGCACCGGACCACUCCACAUCUGCCCCUCUCUGCCCUCCUGCUCCAGCCCCACUUCCUGAAAGUAUCAGCCUCCAAUCCUGCUGCUUGGAUCUUUUAUACCCUUGUUCCUUCCCAAGCACAGUGUAGGACUUAAUUUGCUUGUUUCUCCUCAUUGAGAUAAUUUAAUUUGGAUCCUUUGGGUUUGGGGGAAGGGGAUGUGAAAGUUGCCAUUCCAGACCACAGCCUUCGGUGAUGAGGACAACACUGCCAUUCAAACAUUUUACCAAUCUCUUAGAUUAUAAGAACACUUGAGUUGUGUAGUAUCUAAUAAAAGGGAAGGUAAGAAGGAUAAUCACUUCCUCAUAUGAAUUCUGAUGUAGAGACUAAGUUUUUAUGGGAUACAUCUUUUAUGCCACUUAUAGAUCUCCCCACUCAUUUUUGGUUUAUUUUUAUUGUUAUACUUCUUUGAUUCCUCUUCUGCCUGUUUUUGUGGAUAGGUAUUGUUUGUUUGUUGCUUCUGUUUUGUUUUAAGCUUCAUUUGCUGACAUGUGAUAGUGGGGGACAGAGAGGUUUGAAGGAAAGAGAGACCUUGAGGUAAAGAUUUUUGUAUAAGCAAUCAGAUGUGAUGCUCAAAUCCAUUGUGUCAUCUUACUAUUAAAUUUGCCAGUUCAUAAUUCUUGCAUAGAAAAGAACCAAAGGUGUAAUGUUUUGUUGGCAGGUGGUUUGGAGAUUUGGGCCUUAACCAAUACAUUGAAUGUAUGAUGACUAUUUGGGAGGACACAUUUAUAUGCUCUGAGGCCCCCAUUGAUAACUGGUACUAUGGCGACUUCCUUGUGUACAUUUCUCUUAAAAGUGAUAUUAUAUCUAUUUGUAUGAGAAACCCAUUAACCAAUAAAAUGACCGCAUA